AUGAUCAAGCAACUGAUUCUCCUCCUCGCCUUGGUGCAAACCACAGUGGCGUUUGUGGUUCCAGUUCCCGCGGUGGUGGAUAUGGCAACCGUACAACAGCAGCAGCAACAACCAAUGAUGGGAUCGUCUCAGCAGCUGCAACAAGGCGUGCAAAACUACCUCCAGGACAAUACUUUUUCGUCGACCUCGGUGACCCUGUCUCUGGAAGAACGCAGACCUCCCACCGCGGAGGAGAUUGCUGCCAAGAAACGCAAUUUCAAUUUCUGGUUCUGGGGCGGUGGUUUUGUGGCACCCUUUCUGGCUACGUUCUACUAUUUUGGCUUCAAAUUCUGGGAGAAAUAG